CUCUUCUAUUCAAGUUGUCAAUGGUAGGGGAUAGCAUUGUGGAGAGCAGGCCACACAAAAAACUGAACUUUUUUGUGGUCUAAAAGAUGAUAACGAAUGUAUGAGAAUAAUUUAAUACUAGCUUUUAGUUAAUAAAUAAAUGGAGCAAGAGGGGGGACUCCACUGAGAACAUCACUUGGAAAACAUUUACUUUAUUUUAUUCGUGAUUCUUUUUUAUUGUAUUUUCUAAGUGAUCUUGGACUGACAUUCUUUGUCGAACACCAAAAACAGAUUUUAUUUGAGAUUCCCUAGCUUUUCUAUAUCUGCCAUCAAUCUCUGGCUUGAUUUCAUGUGAAUUUGGUGUUUAUUUGGUUUUGGGAGAUAUGGAGGAAGGUUUGUUACUGAAGGCAAGAGAAGAAACAGAUGGUGGGAAGAAAAGCUUAACGUGGGUUGUGUUUGUGGAAGAAGCAAAGAAGGUGGGCUACAUUGCAGGGCCUAUGGUGGCCGUAAACUUCUCUCUGCAGCUCAUUACAGUCAUCCCUCUGAUGAUGGUGGGUCACCUAGGUGAACUUGCUCUUUCUAGCACUGCCAUGGCUACCUCUCUUUGUGGUGUUACUGGCUUCAGUCUUCUUGUAGGACUGGCAGGUGGACUAGAAACUCUAUGUGGACAAGCUUAUGGAGCACAACAAUAUCGAAAACUUGGAGUUUAUACUUACAGUGCAAUGAUCUCUCUUACCUUAGUCUGUAUUCCUAUAUCUUUUGUAUGGAUUUCAAUGCAAAAACUACUCACUUUUAUAGGACAAGACCCCAUAAUCUCACAUGAAGCAGGGAGAUAUGCAGCAUGUUUGAUCCCAGGUCUUUUCGGUUAUGCAAUUCUCCAGCCAUUAAUGAAAUUUCUUCAGACCCAAAGUUUGAUUAUUCCCAUGCUAUUAAGUGCUAUUACUACUUUAUGUUUCCAUAUUCCUCUUUGUUGGGUUUUUGUAUUUAAGUUCGGGUUUGGAAACAUUGGAGCUGCAUUUGCAAUUAGUAUAUCAUACUGGUUCAAUGUUAUCUUUCUCGGAACAUAUGUUAAGUUUUCUCCCUUGUGCAAAUCAACUCGAGUGCCGUUCUCAAAAGAGGCACUUCAAGGAAUUGGAGAGUUUUCAAGACUUGCAGUUCCUUCCGCCAUAAUGGUUUGUCUUAAGUGGUGGUCGUUCGAAUUGAUGAUUCUGUUAUCCGGCCUUUUACCUAAUCCUCAACUUGAAACUUCAGUGCUCUCUAUAUGUCUCACAACUGUCUCACUGCAUUCCAAGAUACCAUUUGGAAUUGCUGCUGCUGCAAGCACUCGAGUUUCAAACGAAUUAGGUGCUGGGAGACCGCAAGCUGCACGUUUAGCAGUCAUCACCGUUAUGAUUAUGGCGGAUACUGAGAUGGGUAUAGCAAGUUCGGCACUUUUUGUGUGUCGUUACGUUGUGGGAUAUGCUUACAGCAAUGUAAAGGAAGUGGUAGACUACAUGGAAGCUAUGGCUCCGCUAAUCUGUUUCUCGGUCAUCUUGGACGGCCUACAAGGUGUCCUUACAGGUGUUGCUAGAGGAUGUGGAUGGCAGCAUAUAGGUGCUUAUGUGAACUUAGGUGCAUUUUACAUUGGUGGAAUUCCAACAGCUAUAUUGUUAGGUUUUGUUCUACAUUUAAGAGGAAGAGGGCUUUGGCUGGGGAUUAUGGCUGGCACUAUUAUUCAAACAACUAUACUUUCAACUAUUACAGCUCGAACUAAUUGGGAAAAACAGGCGAAGAUAGCCAGGGACAGAAUAUUUCAGUAGAAGAUUGUAUUUUAUUUUUGAGAACUACCCAAGUAGAAAGUGGACUGAAACAAAAUUCUGGACCGAUUGUUGACUGUGAUUAACACUAAAAAAUGUGAGAAACAUUUGUCCUGUGAGGCGGCUGUGACCGAUAGAUACAUGACAAAAGAAAUAUUUGGCCUGAAUUCAGAUAUAGCACUGCUUGUAUAUAUCUUAUGGAAAUGAGGAGGAGAUUCCUGUUUUCAGUAGCUUUAUUGAUUGAAAAAAUGGCUGUUUGUUUGUA